AUGUCUAUCAGUCGAGUCGCUAUCGCUGGUGCCACUGGCAAUCUUGGACCAGCUAUCUUGACCGCACUUCGCUCUUCCAAGCGAUUCAAUGUCACUGUUUUGACGAGAACCGGGUCGUCACACCAAUUCCCUGCCGAUGUCACAGUCAAGUACGUCGACUACGACAACCCUGCUAUGUUGGCUGAAGCUGUUCGUGGACAAGAUGCUGUUGUUUCGACGCUUUCUGUCUUCGGCUCAGAUGUGCAGAAGGCAUUGGUUGAUGCGUCUGUUGCCGCCGGUGUCAAGCGAUUCUUGCCGUCGGAGUUUGGUAGCAGCACUGAAAACCCCAAGGUCCAGACGAUCCCGAUCUUUGGCGCUAAGCUACAGCUUCAGGAAUAUCUGAGAGCGAAGGCCCAAUCCAGCCCGGCAUUCACAUACAGUCUUCUCUUCUGUGGUCCCUUCUUGGACUGGGGCUUGUCGACGGGCAUGCUGGUUGACAUCAAGAACAAAAGCGCCGUGUUGCGAGACGGCGGCAAUGUACUUUUCAGUGCUUCUCGACUAUCUACGGUUGGGCAGGCCGUGGUUGGGGUUUUGUCUCAUCCUUCCGAGACUGCCAACAGGGCCGUGUACGUCAAGGACAUUGAUGUCACGCAACACCAGAUCAUUUCAGCGGCCAAGGAGAUUGAUCCUUCGGGCAGUUGGACCAUUCAAGAGUCUCAAACCGCAAUCGAGGAGCAGGAGGCUCUUUCUGGUCUGAAAUCUGGACAGGUAGACAUUGGUGUGAUCUCCAAGUUCUUGUUUAGGGCUAUAUUUGGCGAGGGCUACGGCGGAAAAUUUGACAAGGUGGAUAACGAACUACUCGGUAUCGAGGGACUCGAUGCCAACGGUCUGCGGGAUGUUGUUCAAUCUGUUUUGAACGCAUAG